GUGGACUACAUACAGAAAAAAUAUUUCGUUAAGAUAAACCUAUUUUAUCUGACAUUAAUAUUUUUUGCUUUCACUGGAAUUUUAGACCUUGAAACACCCUUGAUACAUUUUACCCGUAAACCCUCCAUAUAACAGCCACAAAAUUCAUUUUUACUAGAAUGCUUGCUAAAUGAUGAAAAAUAUAGUUAUCCCUGUCUCACAUAACCGUGGGGAAAAUAUGGUAUGGUAACAACUGAAAUUUGUCAUGCCUAAAUUGGAUUUAUUGCUUGACAAUUCUUUGUUCUUAUUUAUUAAUUUUAUUCCAGCAUUAUGCCGCAUAACCAAGCAUCCACUUGAAGCACACUUGUCGAUGUUACGACUACCGUAUUCUUAGACCAUAAUCGGUGAUGUCAUCAGAUAAAAAUAUUGAUAACUCCUCGAGAACUGCUUGGCAAUAAUAAAAAAAGUGAAAGCAAAGAAGAUUAAUAGAAACGCUUUGAAUUCCUAUUUAAUUAUUUAGUUCAUUGUAAAUAAUAAUUUACAAUUAACUAGAUAACUUUGACCACAAACCACACAUUUCCUAUGACCAGCAAUUCAAAUACAGAUACCUAGUCAAACCAUGUCAUUUUUAAUAAACAUUGCACUUGGUCAUCAUGCAUUACUUAACUGUAACAGAAUUGGAAUCUCCGAAUGGUACAACAUGUAAAAUUCAGGGUUUAACCACAAAUAUGUUAAGAAACUUGGAAAAUCAUCUUACCACCCAUGAUAUCAAUCAUUUUAACAACGAAAUUCAAAAAUUCUUUGAAAUUGACGUUCAAGGAGUGUAUGUCUUGAAUUUUUUGAGUUCUGAAUUCAGUUACCGAGUAUAUGGACAGUCGAUGGUAAUCGAAAUAUCAAAUAUCGGCGGACGGGCUGACCGUGUUCAAAAAAUUGCGUGGACUCUUGGAAAACAAUAAAGUUUUGAUGAACGUAAAAAUAUUUAUUUCCCAUAAUAAAAAUUAAGAUUUAUCU